AUGGCUAAUGUACACGGCACAUUGUUUCAGUUGGCAAAGCAUGAGGGACUGGCGAGAGUAGCUGGCGGAAUGGCGGGCAUGCCCAUUUUGGGCAACAGCGUUGGCGCUGGCGAGCUUCGAGACGCUAGCCGUCGUGAUCAAGACGCGAGCAACAGGUCUUCUAGCAGUGGCUCGCAACGCGGCCCCUCUCCCCACCGGGAACAGGCAUACGGCGUCCAAGAAUGUAUUCUUUGGCGAUUUGGUGCGCCGUUUCAUCGACGGCCGAGUUCUGAAUUAGAGGCAUUGCAGGCUUCCCUCACGGGCGGUGGCGUGGUGACCCACACGGCCCCCUCGUACGAGGAGCAGCGCGCCAGCCCGGCACUCCUCAGCCGCAACACCAGCACCCCCGGUGGAAGGAGUGCCAUCCGCGAUGACGGCUACUGCUCCGCUAGCAGCACUCCGCGGGCCUUUGAUCACAAAGCGACGAAAGGCUCCGUGGUAACUCUGUCCUGUUACAAAAAAGAGCCUAAGGUGCAGAUUGAAGAGGAGAGCUAUUACACCGAGGCAACGAAGAGGAUUAGGGCUAACAGUAUUAAAGCGGAAGCGAAUGAUGGGCGGGAGACCUGGGGCACGGGGGCCGACUUCCUGCUUUCCAUCAUCGGAUUUGCCGUAGACCUCGCCAACGUGUGGCGUUUCCCUUACUUGUGCUACAGAAAUGGAGGCGGUGCAUUUCUCAUUCCGUAUAUGCUAAUGCUGAUCUUCGGGGCGGUGCCUUUGUUUUAUAUGGAGCUGAUCCUAGGCCAGUACAAUCGGCAAGGGCCAAUUACCAUAUGGAAGAUAUGUCCUCUUUUCAAAGGCGUAGGAUUUUGUGCAGUAAUGGUCGCUUUCUACGUAUCAUUCUACUACAACGUUAUUAUUGGCUGGGCGUUCUACUUCCUGGUGUCGUCGGCUCGCUCCGAGCUGCCGUGGCUCCACUGCGACAACGCGUGGAACACCGAGCAGUGUUGGGACGCUGAACGCACUAACAGCACUAACCGCACCGACCUCCUCUACCAGGGUCCUCUGUCUCACUUCACGCCCGCCUCCGAGUUCUUUCACCGGGCGGUUCUCGAGAUGCAGCAUUCGGAAGGCCUGAACGACCUGGGCCUGCCUAAGUGGCAACUCGCCGCUUGCUUGGGCGUCGUUUAUUUAACCUUGUACCUAUCGCUCUUCAAAGGCGUCAAAAGUUCCGGUAAGGUUGUCUGGAUGACCGCGACCAUGCCCUACGUGGUGCUGUCCAUACUGCUGGCAAGGGGCCUCUUACUGCCCGGUGCCACGCGUGGCAUCGCCUACUACCUGCAACCAGAGCUCAGCAGGCUCAAAGACACACAGGUUUGGGUAGACGCCGCCGUUCAGAUAUUCUAUUCGGUCGGGGCUGGCUUCGGUGUGCACCUCUCCUAUGCAAGCUACAACACAUUCCACAACAACUGUUACAGAGAUUGCCUGGUUACAACCCUUGUGAAUUGUUUCACAUCAUUCUUCUCCGGGUUCGUCAUUUUCACGUAUUUGGGCUUCAUGUCUCACAAGCAAGGAGUGCCCAUAUCAUCCGUUGCUACCGAAGGUCCCGGCUUGGUGUUCCAAGUGUAUCCGGAAGCAGUGGCGACCCUCCCCGGGGCCAGUUUGUGGGCGAUGCUGUUCUUCUUCAUGCUAAUAAUGCUGGGAUUAGAUUCAGGGAUGGGGGGGCUGGAGUGCGUGAUCACGGGGCUGCUGGACCAGGCGCGCGCGAGCGGCGCCACGUGGCUCCGCCGCGAGCACUUCACACUGCUCGUCGUGUCCGUUUCGUUCUGCGUGGCCUGCAUCAACGUGACGCCCGGCGGUAUCUACAUGUUCCAUUUGUUGGACACCUAUGCUGCUGGAAUAUCCUUACUAUGCUCCGCUCUAUUCGAAGCUUUGGCGGUAUCGUGGUUCUACGGUUUGAAAAGGUUCUCGGACGAUGUUGAGGAGAUGCUGGGUUUCAGACCUGGGAUAUAUUGGAGGAUAUGCUGGAAGUUUAUAAGCCCCACAUUUAUCAUUGGUGUGGUGGUGUUCGGAUUGCUGUACCAGCAGCCGCUACAGUACCAGCAGUACACCUACCCGCAGUGGGCGGUGGUCCUAGGAUGGACUCUCGCGUGCUCGUCCAUCAUCAUGAUACCCUUGGUUGCGCUGUACAAGCUCGUCACCACGCCCGGCACCUGCCGACAGCGCUUAGCUUGCUGCAUAUCGCCGGAAUCUGAGCACGAGGCAAUUCGUGGCGGGGCACCUGUAAGCCGCUUCACUUGGCGGCAUUGGCUCUAUGUG